CUAAAGUAGGUGAUAGUGUGAGAAAGUGGCACGACCUUGUUAUGAUGGCUGCCACAUGAAAUGCUGGUUAGAUCCAUGUUAAGAUAUGGCCUGAUAUCGGCGCUCCGCUUCUUUACCUGUAGGAAUACUUUUCUGAGUCCAUACCAACAGAUGUGGCUUAAAUCGAAAUUGCAUGGUGUCUUCUCCUUAUUAGCCCGAUCGAAACGGACAGUUGUGGUUGUAAUUCUCCUCCUUAUUAUCAUCGCAUAUUUUGUACCUUUCAAUUUUGAUUUCUCAAGAUCUAAGUUUUCAGCAAAUUCCAUAUCUGGUUGUAUUGAGGAGAAACUUUCCAUAUUCCAGCAUUCUAUAGAAUCCGAUGAUGCAAUUGUUAUCCUUCCAGAGCCAGUUGAUAGUGAGACCUAUUUGCCUUAUGUUGGUAAUGGCAAGGUAGCAGCAGCAUUUAAAACCCAAAAGGGGUUAUAUAUUCGUACAAACAGAGCUUUAUCAUUACCUGUUCAUUUCUACCCAAUAGUAGAGACCAAUAUCAGGGGACAUGAAUCAAAAGAAGCCCAUGUGCUUGACAUCAAAGCUGGCCUGGCUUACCAGAUUCAAUCAUUCAAGAAGGAAAGCGAAUGUGUAUCUGUUGGAUCACAGCUUUAUGCCCACAGAUCCCGUCCUUCAGUCCUUGUGCAGGACAUCAGGAUUCAUAACCAAUCUCCUAUUCCAGUUGUAUUGGAGUUACACAGACCUGCAGCACAAGACUGUAAGUGGUCAACAAUGAACUAUGCGAGUGUCAACUCCGUUGAUGGUGUACAAUUCCAAUAUGCAGACUGUGUAGUUGCCAUUCCUAACUCAGAAUUGGUUGUGGUUGUCGGCCUGGCUGUUGUUAAGAUACCUUCAUCUUUUCUUGUCAAAUCUAUGAGCACCUUAAAACUUCACAGUGUGACAGUCACUCACUACUCCUUACCUGUACAGCCACAGCGUGUGAAAGGUCUGAAGGAGGAGCUUUCUUCUAAAGUUAUUACUGAAAUGCGAGAGAUCCUUCACAUCGAUGAAAAGAAACUACGCCAAGAACACACACUUGUAUGGAGUAAGUUAUGGGAAAGUGGUAUCAGUAUAAGUCACUCUAAAGCAGCUAACGCACUCAAUGGUCACAAAAUUAAUGCUACUAUGUACUAUGUCCUCAGCAAUGUCCUUUCACCCAUGCAUGACUUCAGUACUUCUGAUGAAAGUCGAAGUGAAGUCCUCAGCAUCCUCCAUUAUCCUGACCGCUGCUAUAGUGGACAUUCAACCCUUUUCUCUUCCACUCUUUGGCUUGAUGCUGCUGGUGAAGAUGCCAUUGCUCGGAUUGUCACCACAUGGAUGAUCACAUUAGAGAAGCAAGGUUGCUCAGUGAUGGUCAAAUCUGGUGCUGAGGGAGUUCUUCAGGCUUUGGUACUUAGCAUUGGUGGUUUGCAUUUCACUAACAACCACUUAGAGCUCACUCUGCAACCAAAAGACUUGCACCGAGACUUCUUUUUCCGACGUAUAAACUAUGGUAACAAUACCCAUUUGAAUAUAUCUGUGAUUGUUGGAGAAGACAACAAGGCUAACUUGUUUGUCUCCUUGGACAGAAAUAAUCGGCCUUACUAUGCCUGUGAUGCUGGCUGUAUAGACCCUCCUGUCAUGUUAAGUAAAAAGUGGGCACAGUUUCCUGUGAAGUUAACUAAUCCUAUCACCUCCAUUUUGUACAUCACUGCUGAUAAACUGCACAUGGAGGAACUGAAGCAUGCAAUCCAUGUGAGAGAAAUUGCAGAAGGUGAGUUGUCAUUUUACUCUUGUCGGUGUCAUCAUUUAUGCCACCUUUAUUAUUAUUAUUACUAUUUUAUUUGCUGUCUCUCUUACUCAAGGCUAUCAAUGAUCUCCUUCUGUUGCAAAUGAAAGAUGUGAGUCAUCUUAAUCAGGCAGAUAAUCUGUGAGAAUGAGCCAAAUCCAGUACAUUAUAUGAAUUUCACCACCUACUACAUGAUUUAUCCCAAUUUUCAGUGCCUUUAGUAGAGUUAACUUCCUCAUCUCUAUUUGCCCCCAGAAGCCAAGUGAAAUCAUAGUUGUGGCUGCUGUCACAUAACUGGCACUCAUGCCAGUGGCACAUAAAAAGCACCCAUUACACUCUUGGAGUGGUUGGCAUUAGGAAGGGCAUCUAGCUGUGGAAACCAUGCCAAAUCAGAUUGCAACUUGGUGCAGCCCUACAGCCUACCAUUUUCUUUCAAACUGUCUAACCCAUGCCAGCAUGGAAAGCAGAUGCUAAAUGAUGAUGAUGAUGUUCAGACUAGACAUCAGUGUCAUCAGUGUGGAGAUCCAACAAAGCUCAUCAGAUUUGCCUUAUACAAGUUCCUUGAUAAAAUGUAACCAGUAUACUUUUUAAGAUAGUUGACAGUCAAGUCGAAAUAAUGCUUGGUUGAAAGGAGCUUUUAGUCUGGUUGAGGACAGGACAACCUCUCUAGUGUUGGUGCCACGAUAAAAUUUACCUGCUACUCUCUGUUAAGUGGUUGUUGUUAAGAUGAGUGUUCAGCUGUAAAAGCCAUUCCUAUAACAGGAAAUAUGAAUGAAACAGGGUAUUUUAACCUGUCUGGAAGGGUAGUAAGUAGUAAUUGUGAAUAAGAAUUGACUUUGAGUGUCUGUUUAGCCUAUGCUAGCAUAGAAAAUGGAUAUAAAAUAAUGGUGAUGUUGACCAGUUGAAAUACAAAAAAGAAACUUUACAUGCUCUGGUAAAUCAAGAAGGAAUUUUUUUUACCAUAAUAAUGUGUGUCCUUUAUACUGUUUGAAUAUUUCAGCUGGACAGUUUUUUUUCUGUUGUCUUCGCUUGACUUUUCACUCUCCAAGUUGACCUCUCUUCGGGAGUUUAAAGUACUAUUCAAAUGAAAAAGUAGUUUAUUUCUAAGGAUGACUGAAGCCAAAUGGUUUUGUUGCAUGCAUGUUAUUUUAAAGUGUGAUAUUGAAAAUUUUUUUGAUAAAUUGUCAAACUGAAUUCCUCCUGGGGUCUCUUCCAGUUGAGCUAGGAGAGACUCCACAUUGAGAAGUUAGAUGUCUAGUACUACAUACAUGUGAUUAGAAUGUGGCAGGUCAGAAUUGCAAAACAGGUUCUUCAAACUGAUCCAAUUGGCAGGAAACCUUGGGAUAGAUCAAGAAUGAGAUGGUUGGAUAAUAUUCAUAGUCUCCAUUGGUCAUGCUUAGAAGUCUAGCCAGAAAGUCUAAUGAUUGUUGCUUCUGACAGGACUCUUUCCAAGAAAUAGUGGAUGGAUGGAAUUUAUUAUUUUUCUAAUUACUCUUUUGGUAUUUUAAGACUAUCAAAAAAAAAAAAAAUCACUUAGAUAGGCACAGGAGUGGCUGUGUGGUAAGUAGCUUGUUUACCAAC